UCAAGGGUGUAUGUUGUCUGAGUAUGAUUAUAUUUCGUUUAGUCGGAAUUUAAAUAGUAAUAUGUUUUCAUAUCUUGAAUUACUACAUUGAUUGGGUUAAAAAUUUUGAAGUCGUGGAAUUAAAUUUACGCGAUGAACUCAUAUUUUGUAGCAGUUUGUGGGAAUUUUACUUUGUUUUGUGACUUAAAAAAUUGUAAAUAGUUUAGAUAAAGAAAAAACGUAUAUUUUAAGUUUUUCUGUAUAAAACUUAAUUGUAUUUUCAUUGCGAUCGAUAUUAACGAGUGUCUAAUAUGAGUUCUCAACAAAAAGAUAUUGAACUAAGCCCUGUUAAGGAUGAAUUAGCCCAAAAACAAGUACUAGAGUCAGUACAUCAAGUGGAUGAUGAAGAAGAUAUUAUAAUUGGUCGUUUUAGAAAAAUUAGUUCGGCUAAAUCUAUGGCUGCUACAAAUGGAAAUAUCCAGUAUCCAACGGAUCUACCUAAACCAGAAGUAGAUCUAGAAGCGGGCUUGCAAUUCAAGACAAGUGCAGAUACUAAAAAUGUAUUGGAAAAAUCGACUCAUGGUUCUAGGACAAGAAAAAUUCCUGUAACGAAAAGCAGUUUUCGGGAUAUUGAAAAGCCGUCUCGGUUUAAAGAUCAACCGUCUGCCACAAGGUUUCAGAUGGAGGCGAAGCAAGAAGAAGGUUCAGAGUCUGAUGGUUCCGGUAUGGAUAGCGACGAUCCUCUCACCACGCAGACUGAUACUAAGUAUGGCAGAAGUUUUAGACAUUUCACCCGUGAAGCGCUACCAAGAUUGGAUAACUACAGAAAUGUACUGUCGCUUCACGCCGCGCCUCGACCGACAUUGGAUGAGCUUCAUAAUGCAUCUUUGUCACGGAAGCCAGGCCAGACACUGGAGAAGGAUGUGGGAAAUUUGCCGAUACCCACAUCGAGCAUCAAGUUUGGAUGGAUCAAGGGGGUCCUGAUGAGAUGCCUCCUCAAUAUUUGGGGAGUUAUGUUAUUUUUGAGACUAUCGUGGGUCGUGGGGCAAGCUGGUAUUGGCCAAGCAAUACUGCUCAUAAUGACAACAUCUAUUGUAACAUUUAUCACAGCUCUGUCAAUGUCCGCAAUCAGUACGAAUGGGGUUAUUAAAGGAGGUGGAACAUACUACAUGAUAUCCCGCUCGUUAGGCCCAGAAUUCGGUGGGUCCAUCGGUCUGAUAUUCUCAAUGGCGAAUGCCGUUGCAUGCGCUAUGUACGUCGUAGGAUUUGGAGAGUCUCUUAUUACUUUGAUACCCGAGUCAGCUUAUAUGGUCAGCAAGAGCUGGGACCAAGCAAUAUACGGUUGCAUAACAAUAGUUCUCUUAACGGGUAUAGUGGUUGUCGGUUUGGAAUGGGAAGCUAAGGCCCAGAUAGUCCUACUGAUAAUACUUUUGGCGGCCAUUGCAGACUUCUGCAUCGGUGCGAUCAUUGGACCUGUUGGCGAUGAGGAGAUCGCUCAGGGCUUUGUCGGGUUUAAUAUGACAGUGUUGCAACAAAACAUGGCAUCGGACUACAGGUUCUUUGAAGGAGUGGAACACAACUUUUUCUCCGUCUUUUCGAUAUUCUUUCCGGCUGCGACAGGAAUUCUGGCUGGUGCAAAUAUAUCCGGGGAUUUGAAGGAUCCCCAAAAAUCGAUACCAAAGGGAACACUGUUGGCCAUACUUCUAACUACAAUAUCGUACGUGGUGAUAGCCAUAAUAGCGGGCUGGUGCGUCCUACGUGACGCGUCCGGAGUCGUUGCGGACGUGCCCUUUGGGAAUAUUACUGCGUGCGUACACGACGGGAGCUGCAGUUAUGGGCUACAUCAUAGUAAUGACGUAAUUCGAUUAGUGUCAGCCUGGGGCCCACUCAUAUAUGGCGGCUGCUUUGCGGCAACACUAUCAUCAGCUCUGGCUUCGCUCGUUUCUGCACCGAAAGUUUUUCAGGCGCUAUGUCAAGACAAGCUCUACCCGUACUUGGAAUUCUUCGCAAAGGGCUACGGCAGUACUAACGAACCAGUUCGCGGAUACGCGCUCACCUUUAUUAUAGCAGUUGCCUUUAUUCUUAUGGGUGGUCUUAACCAAAUAGCACCGUUAAUAUCGAAUUUCUUCUUGGCUGCGUAUGCGCUGAUUAACUUUGCGACAUUUCACGCAAGUCUCGCGAAGCCAGUGGGGUGGAGGCCGACGUUUAGGCUCUAUAACAUGUGGCUAUCUCUCUUGGGGUCGAUGGUGUGUGUGGCGAUAAUGUUCGUCAUCUCGUGGAUAACGGCCCUCGUGACUAUCGCUUUCCUUCUGGCGCUAUAUCUUCUCGUAUCCUAUAGGAAACCUGAUGUGAACUGGGGUUCGACGACGCAAGCGCAAACAUAUAAAACGGCCCUCUCGGGCGUACAUCAACUCAACCGAGUCACUGAACACGUUAAAAAUUACAGACCUCAAAUCUUGGUGCUGGCUGGAUUUCCUGGCGAGCGGGCUCUGCUGACGGAUUUCACAUACCUCCUUACUAAGGGAUUGUCCCUUAUGCUGUGUGGACAUGUUGUGCAGAGUCAAAUAAACCACCGUACGCGAGAAGCGCUGACGAACAGGGCCUAUCACUGGUUCUUGAAGCGGAAAAUUAAGUCUUUCUACAGCGUCGUUGACGGAGUCGACCUCAAAGAUGGCGCCAGUGCACUUAUACAGGCUAGCGGUUUAGGGAAAUUAAAACCGAAUAUUUUGUUGAUGGGUUUCAAAGAGAACUGGCAAAGUUGUAACAUAGAAGAAGUGGCAGAACAUGUCGAAAUCAUGCAUAAAUCGCUGGAUGUCCACAUGGCGAUAGCCUUACUUCGUGUUGAAGGUGGCUUGUACAGCAGCGAGACGCUGGAUGAUGAUCUACAAGCGUGCUUGCACGAUCUCAACGCUAAGGAUGCGUCCGUUGUUUCACGUUCCAUGGGAGACAGUCUCAAGGAGUCGAAAUCGAGUGAGAGUUUAAACACACACUCUAGAGGUAGUAGUAUGUCUGACCUUUCCCUGGGUUCGCCGGAGCACGUGUCUCGAGACCCGGGUGCAAAAACUGACAAAACUACUGACAGUUGUAAGAAUAGGAUUGCAUACCUACUACUAAAGAAAUCUGUGGGCAAAGGUAUAGGCCGUCGUAUCGGAAUAGGUGCGGCUCGGCGGACAUCUUCCUUCACAUCUGUAGAACAAUUUACGCGAAGACAAAACGGCACGGUCGAUGUAUGGUGGUUGUAUGAUGAUGGAGGAUUGACGCUUCUCCUACCGUACAUACUGUCAACGCGUCGGGCCUGGGCUUCAAGUCCACUUCGCGUCUUUACACUCGUCAAUAAGAAUACGGAAAUGGACAUUGAGGAACGGAAUAUGGCAUCGCUGCUCUCCAAGUUUCGUAUAGAUUACUCAGCGUUAAAGAUGAUCUCGGACAUCACAAAGAAACCGAAGGAGUCGACGCUAGCUUACUUCGAGAAAUUAAUUGCGCCCUUCAAAGUACCGGAUGACACGACUGAUAAUGGUGGAAUAUCGGAAGCCGAUUUCUUAGCGGCUCGCGAUCGGACCUACCGUCAUUUAAGAUUACGCGAAUUAAUCGGCGAACAUUCGCAUAACGCUCGCCUUGUUUGUGUGACGCAACCGAUGCCUCGACGGCGUGGUGUACCCGCACCUUUGUAUAUGGCAUGGUUGACUGCUAUAGCUACGGCUGCCAAACAGACUCUGCUUGUUAGAGGAAACCAUGCUGCUGUUUUGACAUUCUACUCGUAAUUCACGAAAUAAAAUUGACGAUACGAUUGGAGGGCUUAGUGAAAUCCAGUACAAAUGUCGAGUAAUGAAGCUGUCAGUAUUAUUUUUUGGUCAAAAGACAGAAAUAACAUUCAUAAAGAAAUCAAUUAUAAUUGGGAUCUAAUAAUACAUGAUUCUGAAGUGUGAAAUAGGCAACACAUUCAACAUAUCAAGUGUCUUUGAUAAUUUUGUUUCCGUCAAUGUCAAAAUGACAAGCGGAAAUUUGGGUUGAAUAUACAAUAUGAAAAUGUAGUUUUGGUAAUUGUUAAAUCUACACAUUAAAAUGAGAUUCGCGUUAGACUAAUAUUUAAUGUAAACCUAAAUAAAAAGUAGUACUGUAGAUAUUAUAAUAUGUAACUGCAUAUUGGGUAAUUGGUGAACUAAUUUACAGGAAGUAUACAUGUUUUUAUAUAUUUUAUCUUUUUUCCUUUAAUUGAUUAAACAAAAUUUUGAUGGAUUUACUAUACUCUUAGUUCAGGUCUUUCAACACGGUGUGUUGUAAGACCUUUUAUUUUUGUACUAUACCAAUAAAUCAUUUUUUUGAGUGAUUUUUGUGCUAUAUGUAGGGAAUUUAAAUUUCUAGUUGUAUUUAUACUAGAAGAUCGAGUACUCGUAUUGCUAUCUCUUUCUACAACUGUAGUAGAAACAAGGAUAGAUGAUAUGACAAACUUAUUUUACAACUUUGUACUAAGCUGUGAAUGUGCCUAAAUUUUGUAAUUUUUGUAUUUAAUGUAACUGAAAUGUGGAAUCUCGAACGAUCUUUACUCUUAGUAUGCUUUUGAAGGUUAGCAAAGCAAAAAAAUUAAGAAUAAAAAACGUGUUAAAGAAAAUUGUGAAUUUGAUUGUUUUCCUUUUGUUAUUUUAACUAUUAAUUUGUGUAGUUUAAUUCUUGAUUGACUUUGAUGCUAUUUUAGAAACUUUUCUAAAACAGUACCUGGACGUACAUUCUUAAAUACACAAACAUAUCGUCAUACAUUCCGUAAAAAAACCGACAUUUCCUUUUUUAUUUAUUCUGAUCGCAAUAUCGAUAAACUCCUAGUUAUAUUAUUAUUUAUUUACCUAACAUAGAAUUAAAAUUAAUUUAAAACUAGAUAUAAUUUAGUUUAAUAGCGAAAUUGUUUGCGUCGUAGUUUUAAAUACUAACAUCACGAAGUAGCUAAAUAAGGAUCUGCACUGCAAACGUGCUUUAAUAGUGUCAUUAAAUGGUCAUACUUUAUAGAUUUUCCUACUCAAAUGGAGUUAUCUGGCGACUAGUACAAAAUUCGACCAAACAGCCUCCCAACCUUAUUUAUCUAUUUCGCGUCUAAUAUAGAUAAGUUGUGUGUUAGAUAAUUUUAUAAAUGUGUUGCAGCUAAAACUAAAUUAAAUGUAAUCUUAUACAAACCGAUAAUAUUAAAAAAAAACUGCGUCAGAAGCGAAUCUAUUCUGUACCUGAUUUUCCUUUUCCAUAUUUAUGUUACCAGUCCAUUUAUACAGUAUAUUGUAUUUUGUAUUAAAAUUUAAGUGAUA